AAACUCGAUAAAAGGGACUUUUGCCGGGCUCCCAUUUAGAAGACGCGAAUGCCUAUAAGGGCUGUCUUAAUUCCAAGUGUUGGCGUAUUUUUUUUUUUUAAAAGUGACGAAGCCACGGCACCUUAUCUCUCCUCACCAGGCUCAGCUCUUCGACUUCAAUACUAUCUGGCAGUUGUCAGAUUCCAACAGCAUUUGAUGGAUAAGUACAAAGCGGAGGAUCUUGACGAUGUGAAAAAUGAAGUGUGAAGAAGGGCGGUGCAAGGGUCGCUCUCCCCGGCCCCCAGCGAGCCGACGGCGGAGACCCCCGCGGAGGAGGAGGGGGAGCGGCUCCCGCGGAGGGGCGACCGCCCGGCGCCGGCCCCGCGGUCCCGGAGGCGGGCGGCCGAUGGGUCCGGUCACCGGGAUGACCCCCGACGGGAGCGCCGAGACGCCCGGGGCCGAGAAGGCGGCGGGCCUGAGCCAGGCGGACGGGGCGGGCGGCCCCCCCGAGGCCCUGGCCGCCCCCCGGCCCCGGCCCGGCCCGCCGGCCAGCGCCUGCCCGGACGAGGAGCUGACCAACCUGAACUGGCUGCACGAGAGCUCCAACCUGCUGACCGACCUGAGCCUCGGCAGCGCCGGCCUGUCCCUGGUGGGCCCGCUGGACGGCCCGCCCGACGGCCCCGAGGGCCCCGUCCCGCCCCGCUCGCCCGGCCCCGGGACCAGGUCGCCCACCGCCAAGCCCCCCUACUCCUUCAGCCUGCUCAUCUACAUGGCCAUCGAGAACUCGGCCAGCAAGUGCUUGCCCGUCAAGGAGAUCUACAGCUGGAUCGUGGAGCGCUUCCCCUACUUCGGCACGGCGCCCACGGGCUGGAAGAACUCCGUCCGCCACAACCUCUCCCUCAACAAGUGCUUCCGGAAGGUGGAGCGGAGCCGCGGCAAGGUGAACGGGAAGGGUUCCUUAUGGUGCGUGGAUCCGGAGUAUAAACCCAACCUCAUCCAGGCUCUGAAGAAGCAGCCUUUCCCGUCGGCGUUUGCAUUUUAUACCCCGCCGGCGUCUCCGGAAAGCAGCUCAUCGCCUCCUCACUUCCUAACGUCCACGCUGAAGCGGAACCAGGGACGGACGCUCAAAGAGUCCGAUUUCGACGCCGCCGCUGCGAUGAUGCUGUUAAAUUCUUCCAUCGAGCAAGGGAUUUUGGACUGCGAGAAGCCCCCGCCCGCCAAGGCGGCCCCGCCCAAGAAGAGGAGCCACGGGGGCGGCGCCUCCGGCCCCCCGCCCGCGGCGCGGCCCCGCGACGGCGACUGCCCGGAGGGUCCCGGCGGCGGCCCCCAGGAGGACCACAACUACAGCGCCAGCGCCGCCGUGCCCGGCCCGGCCGCCCCGCCCGGAGACGGCAGCGACGGCUUCCGCGGCGGCGACGACGAGGAGGACGACGAGGAGGAGGACGGGGAGGACUACCGCGGCGGCCCCCCGGCCGCCGGGCGGGCCCCCCGCCCGUGCCCGCGGAGGUCCGGCCCGGGCCCCGGGCGGAGCGGGAAGCGGGCCCGCGGGGAGGGCGGCCAGGAGAUCGACGAGGAGCUGAAGGAGGCGGCCGGCUCGCUGCUCCACCUCGCCGGCAUCCGCACCUGCCUCCUAAGUACUGCCAAGGCCCGCAGCCAGAAGCAGCGGAGAAAAUAGGGCGGGGGGCGGGCGGGGGGGACCGGGGGCGCCGGGACGGGGGAGACCUCCGCGGUCAUCGCUCCUUCCCCGCGCCCCGCGCGGGGCAAUACCCUUCUCCUCUCGAGGCCCCCCGGGGGGGAGAUCAAAGCCAUAACGGGCCCCUUAGCUUUGGGGAGGGAGGGGGCGGGGCGCGCGAAGAUGGGGUGCUGAUUACACUUGGGAUUCCUCCCCUCCCCUUCCUCCCCCCGCCCCGACGUUUUACGUUAUUUUCGGGUCCGUUUAAAUCACUGCCGAGGGAAGGUUCCCUUCGCGAUCCCGAGUCCGACGGACGCCCGUCGGCCGGAAAGCCGGGCCUCCCCCCUUCCGCCCCUUCCUCCCCGGAACGCGAGCCGGGCCGCCCGCCCUCGGGGCCGGGGGCCGCGCUCCGCCUCCUUUCUCUUCUCACUGCCCAGCGGACGGACGGGAAACGGGGCCGGCUCGGGGCGAGGCCCCGUCUCCCUCCCCUCCCUCCGUUUCCCCCCUGACUCCACCCGCCGGGGUAAAGCGGGGUCAGGGGGUGAGGGUUCUCGGGACUCGCUCCGUCGGGCCGAAGCGGCGCGCGUUCGGUCGGCGUCGGGAGGAUCCGGGACGGGAGAGGUCCUUCUCCCCGGUCGACGGGCCGGAUGGAGUUAGGUCCCUUCCCCGUGUCCCUCGUCUCCCCGGGACGGCCCCGGCCCCGGAGCGGCGGGUUCGGCCGGGGAUUCCGCCCCUCGGCGUCGCCGGGGGACCCGGUCCCUCGCGGAGGUGUCGGGCGGGCCUCGCGCCGGCCCCCGGGCGCUAAGGAGAGCUCUCGACUCUCUCCCCGCCGGGGUCCUAGCCGGAGCGAAGCCGGACCGAGGACGGAAGGGCUUUGCCGCGGGAAACGGCGGGAGGGAGUUUGGGAGCGAGGCCGCGGAGGGGAGAGGUCUGGACGCCGACCCGAGCGGGCCAGAGGGUGACCCGGCACGGCGGGGAGCGGGGCUCGGCCCGCACGGAGACCUCCCUUCGGGUCCCCGGUCGCCGGGCCGGCCGGGCCCGGGGCGGACCGGAGCUGAGGGCUUAGCGACGGCGGGUCUCGCCGACGCGGGCUCCGGCCGGCGCGGCCUCCCGUCCCCCCGCCUCGGACGGCGUUCCUGUCUUCCUUUUCGGAUCGAUUCCCGGGGCCCGAGGGUGCGGCCGGAGGCGCCCCCCCGUCGCGGAGGCGACGGUGGGACGCCCAAGUGGCCGGGGAGAACCCUCCCCGCGCUCCGUCGGCGGGGGAGAAGGCGGCGAACGGCCCCGAGCGCCAUUCUUUGGCGAAAGCCCUGGGCCCGGCGGGCCGCCGGAGGCCGUGGAGGGCGCUGAUAAGAUAGGCGUGGCGCGAGCCAAAUAGCCAACCGGCCCCCAGAGCACGUAGCGACCCGGCAUACGCCGGAAGAGCCUCGGCUCGGAGCAGCCGGCUAGGGGGCCGGCGCGGUGCGUUGCGCGUGACUCCGGGCUGGGGAGCCGCGGAGAAGACCGGGCAUCCUCUCAGCGCCCACCGCCGGGGUCCCUCUUGACUCUCCGCGGUGACCGUCGAUCCCCUCGCCGGGCAGAUCCGACCCGCCGACGGAUCCUACGCCCCCUUCCCGGGGCCGAAGGCAAAGCCCCACGGCCCUCGGGGCCGGCGGGGAAAGCGAGGGGCCCGUCUCCGCCCUCCGUCCCCACACAAGAAUCCGCCGCCGCGUUUUUCGACCCGGCGCCACUCAUCCCAGGGAGAGGCUCUUUUGUAUAUAGUUUAACCUAGUGACUAUUAUUUUUUCCCCUUUCCUGGGGGCCGGGGGGGAGGGGACGCUUUCCGUGACACGAUGUACAGGGUCGGUAUCGGACGGUCUGUACAAAUCCGGGUUUCUCAACGGACCGGGAGGUCCGUUCGAAUCCGGUUUUUUAAUUGGUUUUUUUUUUUAAGAGGGGAGGAAGCUUCCGGGAGGGGAGCGGGGUGAGGGGUGGGCAAGGGAAAGGUCGGAGAAGACGGGGGAGAAGAGCGGGCAGAGCGACGGGAGUCCCCACGGCACGCUUUUUUGCUUCCAAGAAACGUCACGGCCCCUCUCCGGCCCCUCUCGGGGCCGGCUCCGCCCCGGCGGCGUGGAGAUCUACCGGCCGCGUUCGUCCGCCUCGCGCCCGCCGUCCUUCCCGGUUCUUUUCCUCCCGCCUGCUCGACUGCCAUUUUUUACCUUCCGUUGUGAUCACCGUACGUUUCUUAAUCAACUACAGUGCUUAAUUUAAAAGUAUUACGUUGCCAUCCUCGCGAUCCCAAACCGUCGAUGAUUGCCAAUUCAUCGGAACUGUUAUUUAUUCGGAGCAGAAAGUGGGAGGAAGCUUUCUGAUCGGAGCAUUUUUGAGUCCUUGACCCAGAUCCCUUCUCUCUAGUCUCUCCCCUGGCAGCGCGGAGGCCGGGGGGGUCGUCUGAGCGGCCAGCGGAGAUCUGACCGGGUACGGUUGUACCUCUCUUCGGUUCCACGUCUCUGGCUCGUUUUCAAGACAACUUACAGAUAUUUAGUUUUUGUAUCUAAUCUCUGUUAAUUAAGAUGUUUAUAAAGUUUAUUUUUACCAAAGAUAUGCAAUUCGUUAUGAGAAAGUAUUGCAAAAAAUAAAAUUGGUUUUAUAACA